AUGUACGCUAAAACCUUUUGUAAAUCGACAUUGAAUAGCUACCAUAAGAAAAAGAAAAGAUUUGAAUUGGUAGCUGCUCAUAUAUCAAAUGAUAUAAUACCGAAAAUCUUACCACAUUAUGACUUUAAUCUUCCUGUGGACGAAAAUUCACUUACAAGUGAACAGACCCAGGAAUACAGAAAAAGCAUAAAUAAUUUAUCAAUAGAUUUUCGACUUAAAGCAACAGAACUCUAUCUAGAAAUCGUCAAACAAGAAUUUGAAUUUCAAAAAGAAAGAUUACAAAAUCUUAUUGAUGAUUUUCCACAAGAUAGAUAUGAAGUACCAUCAACACAAAUUGAUGAUGAUGAUGAAGAACCUUUAGAUAAUGGAGUUUUUACUCAAAAGCCAUUAUCACAACGACAAGAACCUUUAGAUAAUAGAGUUUUUACUCAAAAACCAUUAUCACAACGACAAGAACCUAUAAAUAAUGAAAAAGGUUCUGAAUUAUUUAAAAAAUAUAUUGUAAUUGCACAUAAAAGAGCUCAAUUAGAAAUUGAAAGAGAAGUGCAUUUUUUAUCCGAACGAGGCGUCCAAGAGACGCCAGUAGGAACACAAGAGCCGAAAGAUCUCAAUCCAGUGAUGCGAAUGGAUUUUUUGCUCCGAGUAUAA